AUGCCGCAGGAGAAUGAUGAAGGAGAAGCGCAAAAAGUGAACGGAUCAGAGGAAUCCGCGAGGAUGUCUCGGCAAACUGAGCCCAAAAGCCAAGGUGUCAAGCGUAAGCGAAAAAGAUCCAGCCAAGGGGAGCCGCAGCCCAAAAAGCAGAAGUCUAGCCCUUUGCCAACGCUUGAGCUUCCCAAUAACUCGAGAGCUUCUUCUCUAGAAGAAGAGGACGGCGACGAUGGCGGGAACCAACGCAGCACCACUAGAGCCCCUUCCAGAACACCAAAUGAGAUGCUCACAUCAAUAUCCAAAAAGAAUAGGAAGGUUAAAAGGCGGAGGGUAGUCCCUCCUCAGGCAAACAAGGACCAAGAUGAGCACAGCAAUCAUCGUGAGCCCGAGGACUCAGAAGCGUCCGAAGAAGAUGAGACACGCUCACACGCGGGCACCGAAUCUGAACUGACGUGCACUAUCUGCGGCAGGCAGUUCCGAAACCAACAGCAUCUUACGCGUCACAUGAGGAAUCCCAACGUACACAAGAAGAGGCAUACAUGUGAAUGCACAGAAGGCUUCUUCCGAGAGGAUGAUCUGAAAAGGCAUCAAAGGGAUUCUGGUCACAAGUCCAGGGUUGGCCCUGCAACAGGCCCCUUCACCGACAAGGAGAAGGCUAAGCUGACUCGAUUUAAGCGGCGUAUCUGCAACGAUUACUCGGUCUCUGAAUUUGACUUUAAUACGCUUAUGACCCUGCUUGGCCGGCGUGAUGGAAGUGAGUGGCCUAAUCCUGACGUGACAAGGGCAGAGCUUCGAGGCAUGUUCUACGAUGUGCUGCCGGAUCGAUCUAGAAAGUCCCUGAACAGGUACCGUGAGCGCUACUUUCAGAACGUGGAGCAGGACACCGAAUGGACCGAAGAGCAGAUCAAUGACUUAAGGAAUUUGGUCCAGGAAAAGGGAAGGAAAUGGGUUGAGAUCGCAGAAAUAUUAGGUCGAACCCAGGAUUCUGUUUACCAGAAAUGGAAAAACAGGAUUAGGCAAGGAGAUGCGCAAAGAUUUGAGCGUUGGGAAGAAGGUGAGAAAGAAGCGUUGAUCAUGGCGGUGCGAGAAUGCAAGACUGCUGCGAAAGUGCCACUGGACUUUUCAUCUGACGACAAGGUAAACUGGACAGCGGUCAGUGAUCGACUAGGGAAGACGAGAAAUGCACAGCAAUGUUCUACUUUCUGGAAGAGGGUGUACAGGCCGAGGGAGGAAGCAAAGGCACGCGGACAGGAUAUAAAACCCUUGCCUUCCGGACGCAGCAAACCAGAGCCUGCUAAAGCCCGGCAUCAAACUCGUCGUACAGCCACGAGAGACGGCAAGUCAGUGGAGGUCAUAACACCUCGAAGGAAGAUCAAAAGUGCUAUGUAUGUCACGGAUUCUGAUGAAGAGAACAACGUUUCAGUCGGCAAUACACAAUUGAAGAAUGUCAAUCAAAAGUCCAGUUUAGAGGCACAUUCGAUGACGUCCAGCCAAGGUACCGAGUCAGAACAAGACCAAGAUGGUGUAGAAGAGGCAGAUACAGAAAAGCAAGAAAGAUCCCACGAAGAUGAAGAUGAGGACCGAAGUGACAAUAACGGCGAAAUCGAUUCAUCAUCAAAAAGGCCACAACGGAAAAGAUUGAUUGAGGUAUUGAUACCACCUCCAGCUUCAUCGAAGCACUUUCCAGAGCAGCAGACAACCUUGAAUGGCUCUUUUCAAGCAGUGAAUAGGCGGAACCAUGAGUCUGAUCAGCCCCCCAGCCAUAAUCGAACGAACCUUCCAAUAGAAAGCGAAGCAGUUCCGCUAAGAUCAUCCCAGACGCCAAAAACACCUCGGCUUCCAUCAAUCUCAAAGAGAACUCCGCGACAAGUAACAACGCUCAGUCAAGCAUUCAAUAACACCCAAGCACCUACAUCAGCCAGAACGGCAGGUCGCUCCACUCCGAGCAUGCACUCAAGAGAAGAUCAGCCCUCUCCCAAGAUUCAAAUACAACCGAGGCCGUUGCUGGAAGAAGAGCUUUCUGUUUUGGAGCCGGAAGAGGAGGACGACAGUCAAGCCCAGCAGCAGCAGGAACCCAGGGAGCACCGGGUAGUGGAGUUUUCUAACUACGAUAGUGAAGCUGAAGAUUCAAAUGAGGAACGGCCUCCCGAGAUGUUCAGUAGCGCAGCUCCACCUCCAGAUGGAGUCGAGUCCGAAACAGCAUCAGAUUCAGAAUCUCAGUCAUCAGAUGAUGAUGAGCAACCACCUCAGAUGUUCAGCAGCGUCGCAACGGGAGUACAGAAGGAUUUAGAAGCCGUCGAAUCAGGGUCCGAAGAGUCUGAAGAAGAGGAACCCCCUCUAAUGUUCAGCAGUGCCCCACUUCCUCUUCCUCUUCCCAAUACAGCGAGACAGGCACACAAUGCCAACGGAUCAGACACCGAAGAAGCCGAAGAAGACGACGAACCACCACCCGAAAUGUUCACCAGCGCUCUCCCAGACCACGACCCUGCUGCGCGAUCCGAAGCUUCCUCCUCAUCAGGAGACGCACCAACCAUUUUCCCCGAUGAAUCCGAUAGCAAUGACGGCGGACCCGAUGAGAGUAACACUGGUACUGGCCAUGGUACUGAUUCCGGUGUUGACGGCGACCAGUCCAUGGUCGAUGCGGCUCAAGGUGACUUUUUCGCCAACCUGGAGGCUUCAGCUCGGAAAGUGAGAUCGUUCAGGCAGGACCGGGAGCGGGAGCGGGAGAUGAAGCUGAAGCUGCGGAAUGUGAACGUGGGGCGGAAGAGUGGUGAGGAUGGUGCAUAUGGGAGUGGGAAUGGGACAGCUGAGGGGGGGAGGAGCAGGAAAAGGGGGACGAAGAAGAAGAAGAAGGAAGUUUUUGACGUUAGUAGUAGUGACGAGGAGGAGGAGGAGUGGUGA